AUGAAUUUUUUGAGAAAGCAGAUAUUCAUUUGGCUUGGAACUCCAAGAGUAAUAAUUAGUGAUGGGGGAAAACAUUUUUGCAACCGGCAAUUUGAGGCACUCUUGAGAAAAUAUGGUGUUACACACAAGGUUGCCACUCCAUACCAUCCUCAGACUAGUGGACAAGUAGAAAUUUCUAACCUAGAGUUGAAACGAAUAUUGGGGAAAAUUGUGAGCAACUCAAGGAAAAAUUGGUCCAAAAAGUUAGACGAUGCACUAUGGGCAUACCGGUCAUCCUUCAAAACUCCAAUUGGUAUGUCCCCCUAUCGUCUAGUUUACGGGAAGGCAUGUCACUUAUCGGUGGAGUUGGAACAUAGAGCUUAUUGGGCUAUCAAGACUCUUAAUUUUGACAUAGAGGCAGCAGGUGAGAAGAGGAUAUUAAAACUCAACAAGAUGGAUGAGUUUCGGCACGCAUCCUAUGAGAAUGCUCUCAUAUAUAAGGAGAGAACUAAGAGAUGGCAUGAUAGACACACUCUCAAGAGAAACUUUGAAGUUGGCCAAAGAGUUCUACUUCAUAAUUCCAGACUUCGCCUCUUCCCCGAAACAUUACGAUCCCGAUGGUCUAGACCAUUCACGGUAACAGGAGUUUUCCCGUAUGGUGCCGUUGAGGUUUCUAACGACUCAAAACACACAUUCAAAGUUAAUGGUCAACAUUUAAAGCCCUACUUCAGGGGAGAUUUCAACAAGCAAAAAGUAUCCAUUGAUUUGAUUGAUCAGUGA